AUGACGUGUGGUAGCAAAUCUUUACUUCUGUCUGCAUUGAUGUCAGUGCUGCUACUUCAUCUCUGCAGCAAGUUGGAAGCAGCAAGUAACUUUGACUGCUGCCUUCGGUAUACAGAAUGUACAAUUCGUCCCAGAUUUAUCGUGGGCUUCACACAGCAGCUGGCCAAUGAAGCGUGUGACAUCAAUGCUAUCAUCCUUCACACAAAGAAGAAUUUGUCUGUGUGUGCGGAUCCAAAGAUGGAAUGGGUGAAAAGAGUUGUGCGAAUCGUCAGUAACAGAGUCAAGAAGAUGUAAAAACAAAUGCUAUUCUGGAG